GGUCUAAAGAAGAGUCAGGAUUUAGGUUGGCAGAACUGGGCGGCACAUCCCACCAAGAAUUCUGAAGGGUACCCCUCUGAGCUUCAAACGCCUGCUGUGCACGUUUAUGUUGUUGAGGGAUUCACGGGAAACGCUUUUCCUGAAAUGCUCUAUUUUCAACAGGGUUUGAUAGUCAAGUGAGCACAGCGCCGCCCACAUAGCAAGAGAUGCUCAGAAUUUCUAAUUCCCAUUCUGCCCUGUGUUUUAUUUCUUCAGAAGCGAUGUUGGCACCGAAUGUCCGUAGGCUGCUCCGGAGGUUUGCAGAUUCCGUCGGCUGUAGCGCAAGUUUUAAUCAAUAAGGUUGCGUUUGAAGACUCAUUGAGUCAAUCCAUUGAAAGAGCUAGAGUGUAUUACGGAGUAGACACUGGUCUGACAGAAAUUGAAGGUAUGCUGUCGGUACUUUCAUUGUCACGCUUCUACUCUGCGCCACGUUUCGUAGAGAGCUACAUGUAUUUUGAUUUCUUCUAAUUUUUAAUUUUCUGUAAGAUAAAUGACUGCUUAGUUAGCAUCAGACCAAAUCCGCUCUGUCUUUUCCUUUAUUGUUCUUGAUUCUUUUUUACUAAAGUCUUAUCCUUGGCUUCUCAGUGGUAUGUCCCCCCCUCCUCAUACAAGCGUGUUAGCCUGCGAAUACUGCCUCCGCUGAGGUCGUUUCGAAAAACGUACCGACGGUCGGGAGCAACGAGAGAGGUUGUAUUGCAAUUUGCAAGCUAUUUUGAUAUAUUCGAGGCUUUGUUAACAGACAGAUACGAUUUAGUCACAGCUUAGUGACUAUACAACGUGGGAUAAUAUAACAGUACAAUUUUUUAUUAUCGGGUAACAAGUACAGGGAAGUAUACAGCAUCAGUCGGAUUCCCUGGCACACAAACUUAUGAGAAGUCGAGCACAAUGUUGGCAUAACGGUUCCCUCUUCUCUAUUAGCACUAGUGUUCCUCUUAUUACGUCCUAUUCGAACUGAAUUAGAAACUGAAAAUCUUGCUCAAUGUAUUGUGACAUCAAAUGAUAAGGGAAAAACAUUACCAAGAUAAAAUCACCUGACCCUUUUACUUUUUCUCUCCGCUAAUGCUGUAUAAAGACCACUGAGGAAAGGCUAGUACGUGUAUUGACUUUCGGGUUUACUAUUUUGCAGGUAAUAGGUUUAAAGACUCCAAACUUAAAGCCCUUAUUGUGCAGAGUUUGCGUGAAAAGGGACAUAAUGUCACGGAUAAUAAGGCUUCGGUAACAGAUGUGAAUGGUGUAUCUUAUUUUCAAGAAAAGAUCUCAGCUCAUGCGGACAGUAGAAGAGGCGGAGCACAAGGCAGUGCUCAGUUUUGA